CUCCCAGAGCGGCGCUCCUAGAGCGAAGACGACGCCUGCGCAGUGAGGCUGCGGGGGCGGGCGCCGUCUUCGGAGCCGCCCACCAGACCGUCGGCGCGAUGGCGGAGGAGGUGAAAAGUCUGAUGAAGGCCACGGUCCUGAUGCGGCAGCCCGGGCGGGUGCAGGAAAUCGUGGGCGCCCUUCGCAGGGGCGGAGGAGACCGCCUGCAGGUGAUUUCUGAUUUUGACAUGACCUUGAGCAGAUUUGCUUACAAUGGACAGCGAUGCCCCUCUUCCCACAAUAUUCUGGAUAACAGCAAAAUCAUCAGUGAGGAUUGUCGCAAAGAGCUCGCCGCGCUCUUUCACCACUAUUAUCCCAUUGAGAUCGACCCACACCGGACCAUCAAAGAGAAGUUGCCUCAUAUGGUACAGUGGUGGUCCAAAGCCCACAAUCUCCUAUGCCAGCAGAGGAUACAGAAGUCCCAGAUAGCGCAGGUGGUUGGAGAGUCCACCGCCAUGCUCAGGGAGGGAUAUAAGACGUUCUUCGACACACUCUACCAUAACAACAUUCCUCUUUUCAUCUUUUCGGCGGGCAUUGGUGAUAUCCUGGAGGAAAUUAUCCGGCAGAUGAAAGUGUUCUACCCCAACAUCCACAUUGUGUCUAACUACAUGGAUUUCAGUGAGGAUGGUAUCCUGCAAGGCUUCAAGGGCCAGCUCAUCCACACCUACAACAAGAACAGCUCCGUGUGUGAGAACUCCAGUUACUUCCAGAAGCUUCAGGACAAAACCAACAUCCUCCUGCUUGGAGACUCCAUGGGGGACCUCACUAUGGCUGAUGGAGUCCCUGGGGUGCAGAACAUUCUCAAGAUUGGCUUCCUAAAUGACAAGGUGGAGGAACGGCGGGAGCGUUACAUGGAUUCCUACGACAUCGUGUUGGAGAAGGACGAGACACUGGACGUGGUCAAUGGGCUGCUGCAGCACAUCCUGCUUCAGGGGGACUGCAUGGAGAUACAGGGCUCCUAAGCACAAAGGCUCAGGCCAGGCCCUGCAGGCAGUGAUGAGGAGGAAUGCCUGCCCAUGAAGCCUCCUCUGUGAGCGGUGGCCAAGAGCUGCUGGGCUCUCCUCACCCGACUCCUUCCCCAUGCCUUUGCCUUCCUCCUGCUAGGAAAGGCUUGAGGGAGGCCCUGCCUGUGGGUGGGCAGCAAGCGUGCUCUGUGGCCCACAGCAUGUUAGCCUUCUACGGACCAUCUAGUCCAAGGGCUCUUUCUAAGAAAGUUUUCAGAGCUGGGAAUACAGAUGGCUCAGUGGUGAAACACCUGCAUAGCAUGUGGUGGGCCCUGGGUCCCUCCCCAGCACUGUAAAAAAAGGAAAAGUAAAGCUGUACAUCAGACAAAUAUAACGUGUGAGUCAGAUGAAAAUUAACAAAAGAACAGAGUUGCUCCAACUCACGGUGUGGGAGCUGUGUGUACAGCCUGAGCCUUGGCCCUCAAGGCACUAGAACCCCUAGGAGACCUCUGGAACUCCACGGAACAAAGUUUGAGAACAGUGGGAAAGCUUAGAAAUCCCAUGUGAGUACAGUCUGAGUGUGCCUGCAGCCCAGGAGUGUGUCUGUAGAUCUGGGAGGGGAGCGAUGGGAAGGUGUGAUCCUGACCUGGCAUGGGAACAGCCUUGAAACUUGAAGUUCAGCUGGGUUGAGGUUGGAUACCCCUACAUACACAAAGGGUACAUUUGAGUAUGGCUUUUCCAUAGGUCCUUAGAUCUUUCCUCCACUUUUUAGUCCAGUGCCACCAACAUAAUGAAUGACCUGAAAGGAAUGUUAUUUUUUAUUUUGAUUCAUGGAUAUGAGUGUUUUUCCUGCAUGGAUGUGUGUAUACCAGAUAUGUACCUGGUGACUGCAGAGGUCAGAAGAAGGUGCCAGGUCCCCUGGAACUGGAGUUGCCGAUGGUGGUUAUCCACCACGUGGGCUCUGGGAACUGAACCCAGGUCCUCUGCAAGAGCAUCCAGUGCUCCUAACCACUGAUCCACCUGUCCAGCCCCCUUGAAGGGAUUUGAGACCAGACCCCUGGGAGACUGCAGAGCCAAGUAGAAGUAAUUGAUGUAUUAGUACCUUGCAUAUCAACUGUAGUUCCCGUUCCUGUGUUCUGUUCGCUCAGAAGAACAGGGGAACUCUCCAAAGAACAAACACAAGAGCUACUUCCUGGACCCUUUGUCUCAUCCCCUUAGAGAAAGUUGUUCAUAUACGCUCCUGUCCAGGAGGCUGUUUAUCCCAAGUGCUGUUACCUGCAGACCUGAAGGGAAGGGGAACCCAGGGCUAUUGAGUGCCUGCUGAGUAUCGGCGCCAUCCUGGGCACGUACACCCCCGCCAUUUCAUUCUUGGUGACUGUGAGCAGAAUCCCUCAUUUGCAGGUGGGUAGCUUAGACGGGAUGAAUAACCUGCCCGGACACCAUACCCAGGAGCCAGAGCCAAGUUCUGGGUACUUCUAGCCAAAGCCUUUGCUCUCCAUCUGGUUGUGUUUCGCAGCUUUAGUUCAGGGCUCUCCUAGGUUCUGUGGCAGGGGGCCCUAUGACUGUUCCAGGACCACAGGCUGACUUCAGAAGCUUUCUGGAGGCUUUGGUGACAAGGAGUGCCAGUCACUGGCCCCGGGCAGCAAUCAUGUUUGAAGCUCCUGGAGCAUGUGUGUUAGUUUUUUUUUUUUUUUUUUUUUUUUUUUUUUUUUUUUUUUUUUUUUUUUUUGUGGGAGCUGAGAACCGAACCUAGGGCCUUGUGCUUGCUAGGCAAGCGCUCUACCACUGAGCUAAAUCCCCAACCCCGUGUGUUAGUUUUCUAAUACAGGAACAAAAUACAGUAGUCAACUUAAAAGAGAUUACUCAUGGUUUGGGAGACUUCAGUCUGGGAACACUUGGCCCCAUUGCUUUGGGCCUGUGGUGGCAGAGUCGUCAUGGCAGGCGCACAUGGUGGAGGAGGCCGAUGUGGUGGCCAGGCACAAAAGAGAAAAGAGACCAGGGCCCCACAGUCAGUCCCCUUCAAAGAAUACCCGAUUGUCUUUGUCACUUUUCUGUUGCUGUGACAGAAAAGCCGAGGCACUUAGAAAUGUGUUUAAUUGGGCUGCGGCUUCAGGUUGGAGUCCAGGAUGGUGCAGGAGAGGCGUGGUAGCAGGAAUAACUGAGCUUACAAAAUGAUCCACAAACAGGAGGCAGAGAGCCCCCUGGGGGUGGCAGGGUGCUUUGGAAGCCUCAGAACCUGUCCCUGGGACCUAUGACCUCCACGGAGGCCACACCUGAUCCUUCCUGAACAGCACUACUAAUUGGGACCAAGUGUUCAUAUAUGAGUGUGUGGGGCUCUUCUCAUUCAGACCACCAUGCCAGUGACUUAAAACCUUCCACAACCCCCACCUGCACCCCCACCCUCGUAACACACAAACCUUCUAAUGGCACCCUGGGCUAGAGAUCAAGCCUUAGGGGGACACCCGAUUCCAAACUGGAGCACUGGGCAAGAAGAUGCUUAGGGACAGUUUGGAAUGAAUGUGGCCUUGUCACUUUCUGUAAAGUCCCCACUCUGCUCAGAAAGCACAGGGCGUCUCUGUCACAGUGGGCAGAGUGAGGCAGGCAAGUGAGGGCAAACAGACUGGCUUAGAGAAGCAUUUCUCUCUAGGACUGUAGACAUCUGUCAGUUCUCUUUCCUCUGGCAAGAGGGAGAGGGGCAAGUGGAGGGAGGAAGGUGGGAAUGCUGCCGGACUGAGAAUGGAUCCUUGUGAACAACUGUAAUCUGGCCUGCAGGACUGAGAAUGGAUCUGUGUGGACAACUGUAAUCUGGCCUGCAGGACUGAAUGGAUCUGUGCGGACAACUGUAAUCUGGCCUGCAGGACUGAAUGGAUCUGUGUGGACAACUGUAAUCUGGCCUGCAGGACUGAGAACGGAUUUGUGUAAACAACUGUAAUCUGCCCUGCAGGACUGAGAAUGGAUCUGUGUCCACAACUGUAAUCUGGCCUGCAGGACUGAGAAUGGAUCUGUCAACCACUGUAAUCUGGCCUGUAGGACUGAAAGGAUCUGUGUCAACUGUAAUCUGGCCUUUGGGGUUCUAUUUAGUUCUUGAGCUCUGGGGGUUGUCUGAGGUCAGGGCCAUUGUUUCUGCCUUUAUUUGAGACAAUAAGGGGACAAGGAUCAUCUCCAUGCCUCUCCUGCACACCUUCAUCUCUGGCCAUUGACCAGGGCUCUGCACCCAGAGGUUAUUUAGCUUUGGUUUAGUUAGGUUUGAGGGGGGCAAACGGGAAGAUCUCUGUCUGGAAUCUGUCCCUCAUGAGGCCACAGCAACUGCCUAGGGAAGAUCUCUGUCUGGAAUCUGUCCCUCAUGAGGCCACAGCAACUGCCUGGCUUGUCCCCUUUCUGCCCCUGCCCUUGGGUUAAAAGCAUUCUCCUUGGCUGGGGAGAUGGCUCAACCAAUAACAAGUCCUGGAGUUUGAUCCUCAGAAGCCAUGUAACAAGCAGCAUGGCCCAGCAUGCACCUGUAAUCUCAGCUCUGAUUUGCGAGCCAACUGGUCUACCUGAUUUUUGACCUUCAAAUUCAAUGAGAGACCCUGCCUGAAAAAAUAAGGUGUAUGUAAGGGGCUGAAGAGAUGGCUCAGCAGCCCAGUGUGGUGGUGCAUUAUUGGAAUUUUCCCAGGGGUCUGCUCUGAGAAGAUUCUUCCCAGAGUCCUGGGGAAGACUCUAUUGCCGGAGUGGGACAGGGGGCAGGGAGAUGGGUAUAUUUGAGGGAGAAUCUACACCAGGCUCUUUUGUCCAUCCACUUUAUUUCUCUAAGACAAGAUUGUCUACAUACCUUCAGUUCCAUUCUGACUCUCAGUUCCUCUUGGUCCCUUCUUUUCCUGUCCUCUCAUAGCCCUAGUAAUAACUAAGCUCUCAUGCUCUCGACCUCAUCCUCAUCCUCCAUUCCUUCGUCCUCCAUCUUUCCUUCCUCUUCUCCUGUUCUGACCCAAUCUCUACUCAUCCAAAAACUCUGCCCUGUUCUCCCUUCUCCUGCCCAGACCAGGAAAUUCUGGCCCAGCCUUCACUCCACCUGGUUAUGAAAAAACCUUUUGUCCUGAGUCAAUAGCUCUGGAAUGCCACUAGGCCUGAAGGAAAGGGAUGGUCUGAGCUUCAUUUGCACAAGAAACAAAGCUGUGCAUCUACAGUCCAUCUGUCUUCUAGGCUCUGUAGGGGUGUUACCUAGUUCAGAUCAGCAGUAGGUCUGAGAAGCUUACACUGUUUGCCAUAUGGCCUAGUUAUAUGUGAGCACACAAGAAAUUCACAGCAGAAGACAGCUGAUAUAUUAAAAGCUGAGUAACACCAAAUAUUCCCUGAUAUACGGCUUCCCUCUAGAAAGAUUCCUUGACCUUUCUAGGUACAGCUUUAUUAUACACAGCUGAAUCUCUAUAAUCUAUUCUUUCGGCUUGCAGCAGUACAUGCUUUGAACCCUAGUAUUUACGAGUGAGGGGCAGGCGGCUCUCUCAAGGCCAACCUGAUCUACAUAGCAAGUUCUAGGACAGCUACAAAAACAGACCUGUCUCAGAAAAGAGGGCAGAGGAGAAAUGGCUCAGUGGUUAAGAGCACUGGCUACAAAACCACAUGGGCUGGGGGCUGGGACUGGAUGGACAGAUGUCUCCUCCACCCACAUCCCCUCCUGUGUGUGCUUGGGAAAAAACUUCAGUUUUUUUGUUUGUUUGUUUUUGUUUUUCUGAAUAAAAAAGGGUUUUGUUUGUUUAA